AGAGAAAACUAAAUGGCGUAGUACUGAAAAAAUACCCAGCCCACAAGAGCACCAUCACACUUAACCGACUACUACUACUCCUCAAAAGCACCACACUUACCCUGCUACAAGUACACCGAGUGGCCGAAAGAAUACAGAGGUUUUGAAGUUAAGAGUAGAUGUUGCUGCUCAAGGCUGUGUCUAGAACAUGCAUCAUAUCAAGACACUGUCUCUCAUACCAGAAGGUAUCCACUCUGACACAACAGCUGAGGCACUUCCACCGUCAGUGUGCCUCCAUCCAUCCUCGUAGAAGAGUGAUGGCUCGCACAAUAUACACCCAGCACUCUGAUCAAGCAACUAAGGCAUCUUCCAAAAUAAUCCCGGACUCCUAUGGUGUAUCACUUCACAGAUUCAUUUCUUCCUCUGCUCCUCAGAGAUUACAGUCUCCUUUUUUACUUGCCAAUGUCUUACAAAACAGAAGUGAACAACGAGCAUCUAAAGAUAAAAAUAAUACUGGAGUGAGCAGUUAUUUUUGCAAUUUAUCUCAAGUCAGAAAUGUGAUUUUAUCUCAAGUCAGAAAUGUCUACACAAGUCUGCCAAGGAAGGACAUUCCCGAAUACCUUCAUGGCAACAUAAGUGAAGUAGCCAGUAUAGAGAAGGACUUGUUUGAAGAUGAGUUGGAAAAUGAUCUCUAUAAUGAUACUAUAGAAGAUGAUAUUGUUGAUUUCUUCACCUCUCAUCUUAUAUCAUAUGAAGAGACAGACACAAGCUUUACUCUUCAAUGUCCAACUUGUUUUUCCAAGGAAUGUGAUACCAAUGUGCCGGCACAGGAGAUUUUUGUCGAUAAAAAUUCUGGUUACUUUGUGUGUCCUUGGUGCAAUCAAGAUGGCUCAUGGGAGGAGUUGAUGCAUUUGUUAAAUUCUCAAGAAGAUUGCCUCACCACGGAACAGCUGAACAGUUACCUGGCAACAACUCUGCCUAUUACCGAUGUUGGGGAACACUUCUUACAAGACUCUCCACUCAAGAAUGUUAGCACAAGAACUCUGGAGAAAUUUGGUGCAAGAUUAACCAAUGAUGAGACUCGUUUGGUGGUGCCCAUCUACACUGUUGACGGAGAAGUGGUGGGCUUCCACAGUGUCUCUCUCCUCCAUCACAUUCCUCAUAUAAUUCGGAGGUGUGUUGCUGGUGAGUUGAAAGCCUUCAGUCUGGUAAGCAUGAGCAAGAAACAGAAGAAGGUGAUAGUGGUACCCACCUGCUGUGAUGUUCUUGUUCUUGCAGAAUACAACAUCGCUGCUGUGUCUCUUCCUUCUGCCAAUUUUGAAGCCCUUGAAGAAUAUUUGCUCAGUUAUGGAAAAAAUGAAGUAUUGUUGUGGUACCGUGGGGAGGCUCCACCUCGGCCACUCCUGAUGUCUCUUAUUAAGGCAGGAGUGUCCUGUUCUCUUGUUCAGUCAUCGGGGAAUGACUAUCCAAUACACAAAAAGUCAUUGGAAGAAGUGAAGACUUGUCUUAAGGACACCAUACCUAUAGUGUGUGAAACAAUUGUUACCUUCCAGCAGCUUAAGGAUAAGAUAUAUCACAGACUCACACACCAGGAAGAGACUUGUGGAGUACAGUGGAAGAGGUUUUCAGAGCUUAAUGCCCUCUUGUUGGGUCACCGGCAAGGGGAAAUGACGGUCCUGACAGGUCCCACUGGUUCAGGGAAGACCACAUUUAUGGCAGAGUAUUCCCUCGACCUCUGUAGUCAAGGGGUUAAAACGUUGUGGGGAAGCUUUGAAGUGAGCAUUGUACGGCUGUGUGAGGUGAUGCUACAGCAGUUUAGUGGUGCUCCUUUGCCUCACGACCUCACCACUUUCAACACCUUGGCUUCUCAGUUCUCCAUACUGCCUCUCCACUUCCUCACCUAUCAUGGACAACAAACUCCUGCCUCCGUCAUAAAGGCAUUGACUGAGGCUGUUCAAGUAUGGGGUAUCCAACACGUGAUCAUUGACAACCUGCAGUUUAUGUUGGGAACAAGUGAGCAAGGACUUGAUAGGUGGUGGGAGCAGGAUAAAGCAGUAACAGCCUUCCGACGUUUUGCUACAUUGAAUAAUUGUCACAUUACAUUAGUUGUGCAUCCCAAAAAAGUUCCACAAGGUCAGCCACUGAGUAUUGAAAGUGUGUUUGGUGGUGCGAAGGUGACACAAGAAGCUGACAACGUACUUAUCUUACAGGUCAAGGAAGGCUUUACCAUUAGUCAGUCCAAGAAAACUUUGCAGGUUGUGAAAAACAGAUAUGGUGGGCAACUCGGAGAGAUGCCAUUAAAAUUCCAUAAGGAUUCUCUUACACUGUCAUCAUGUUUCCGUCAGAAGAGCAAACAUAAAACCCCUACCGAGGCAGCUGAGCAAAGAACAAGUAAAGUGUCAUCUAUGCGUAGGCUUAGAAUCAAGGGAAUUUCUGGAUUUCAAAAUUGAUCUGCUAUGCCCGUGUGAUGUUUGGUACGUAGUAUCAGUUUAUGUAUAUAUUUUAUUGUUGGGCAGCAAUCACUGCAGCACCAGUUGGUAACUACUGUGAAAUCUCAGACCCCCAUACUAUAUUUCAUGCUGUUUAUACAUAUCCCAUAUCAGACUUCACUCUUCCCUACAUUUCCGUACUGUGACGAAACUCUUUACAAUUUUGUUUUAAUUGUUCGUGCAAACAGUGACUUCUUUUAUAUCAUAAUUAAGCCAAUGUGUAAAGUUAUUUAUCAGAUGUUUGAGGCAUUGCUUGCUGCUGGGUCAAAAGUGUGUGGAGACAUUGAAGUUAGUAAAAUAGUUUGAAAAGGAUUUUGUCCUCAUAGAUGAAGGCCACACUGGCUAGUACAGUAUAGUUUAUACAAUAGUAUACUGUAUUAGUGGUGUUUAUCUAAAUAAAUAGUUUUGCGUCUGUCCGUGCGAGAUGCAUAGUUUAGAGUCCCGGGAAAACUUUCCCCUGUACUCUACCUGGAAAAAUUCCGGUGAUGUGUGUGUUUUUCCAGGGAAGAGAGACUUCAUAUAAAUACAGUACCUGGAAAUCUCUCAUUCCUGGAAAUGCUCUGCACCAAAUUAUUCCUGCUAAUGGGGAUUCACUAAUAUGAAAGAAAAAGAAAUAAGAUACAAGAUAAUAAAUGAAACCCACAGAAAACUAUACAAAGAUAAGAGAAAAUUUGUUCUCACCCACAUUCACUGAACAUCUCCUUAUGUGGUGACAGGCACAGUAGGUGUGAAAAACAUGAAGAUCAAUUAAAUUUUUAAUUAAACUUUGGGGGAAUCUUCUUGACGCAUUUUGCCUAAGAAGUAGUCCAGAGUGUUUACGUGUAGUUUCUUAUAGGAAAAUUAGCUUCUCUUUUCACAAUUUCACAGAUCACAAGGGUUUUUAGGAACACCAUAUGUGAUAAACAAGGACCACCUGUAACACUAAUUGUUUCUGAGAUAUACUGUACACAGUAUUCCAAACUUUCUACCUUUUUGAAAAGAUUUUGUAUCCAGAUUUCAUGUAAAUUAGUUUAUUAUUCCUUUAAGACAUUUCAUACUCUGCUGAGAUUAUUAUUAUUUAUUUAUUUAUCUUUUUUCAGAAUUCUCAGUCUUCUCCAUGUAAUUAAAUUUUUUUUUGGAGAAGUAUUGCCAUAAGGAGAAUGAAAAAUACUUGUAUAAUUCAUAAUAAUCAGACAAAUGUAAUAUUUCCCUUCCUCCAACAACUUGUGUCAUGAUUUUCAAUAGUGUACAGUGAAAGGCCAUAUCAUUCAAUACAAUUAAUAUUCAGAUGGCACAAACUUGCCUUUGUGCAGUGAACCAUGAAUUAAAGCAGUACUUUUCAUGAUCAUUUAUGAAUUUCAGGCCACAAUUCUUCUUAUUAUCCAGUGAACAGUAGUUGUAGAUCUGUAACUUCAGCUUCACAUGGAAACAAAGUUUAUAUACUCCAGAUGUUUGCCAACAACUGCCAGCCACUCCCAGGAAUCAUUUGUAGAAGUAUAUUGUACAUCGAGGAUAUUUUUUUUUUCUCCCCACUCACCACCAUGAGCACUGUCCUGCGAUAAAAUUCACCAAUAAUGAAAAACUUUAUGAGCACAAACCCCUGGGAGAUGUUCACGGAAUCAGAGCAAGACAGAAUAACACGUUGGCAAUAAUUCAACCUAUUGUACCAAAUAAACACCUUAAAUGUACAAAUGAUCACAAAUAUUAAACCUAUAGUACCAUAGGAACACUUGGAAUGUACAAACGCUCAAACCAUCCUCUGGGCAACACGUGAAUUUUCACAUGCGUGCUCUAUAUGAACUACCCCAUUAAACGUCAUUAAUUUCUAAGCCGUGCGGAUCUGUAUGUACGGGGGGAAAAAUGCUCGGGUCUGUACGCGCAGAAAAAAAGGCAUGUGUGAAGGUGGCUUUACAUCAGAAUAUGAGAGCUGUGGCUUUGUAUCGUAACUUCAUUUGCGAAUAUUAAAUAGGGUUGUUAAAAUAACAAUUGUGGAGUUGUGAAUAGCUAGGUAUUCCUGUACAUAGCUAGUCUUCAAGUUUACAUGAGCAAAAUCAGACACCCACAUCAGUCUCAACUCUCAGUUUGGGCAAAUUAAGUGUUCUAUACUGUACUUCAUAAGUGUAUUAUUGUACAUAGGGUAAUGUACUUUGUUCAGGGAAGAUUGGUACUGUACUGUAGUAGUUUGUCAUUUAUGUUAUAGUACAUCUACUUUUAAACAGUGUUUUCCUGUAUUUACACAGAGAAGACUGAGGAUUCAAGAAAAUUGUAAAUUAGAAAUUAAGAGUUCUGCUCGGCUUUGAAACUACUGUAGUUCAACACAUUCUUUCAGAAUCAAGGUAAGAGUUUGACCACAUACAGGUUUAGUGCAAAGGUAUUACCCAGUAUUUGGAAACAGAUUUCAGAUUUCUAAUUAAAAAAAUGUUUUACAUCACAUUUCAUUGUGCCAAUUUUGUUUCUGUUGAAGUUUUGAAUGAGAAUUUACCAGUUGGUCUAUAAGUAAACAAUUUCAUUCUCAUAAGGUGAUGCUACUUCAGGGUGUCAGAAAGAUAAAAAUUGUGUCCCCAUAAAAUUCAUGGAUUUCUGCAUAGAUUGUACAUACUGUAAUUGCAGAAGGCUCCAUGGUAUGUUUCAAAUGUUUUAUAUUUUCAUACAGUAAAAAAUAAAGUUGAAACAAUA